CCGAAGUCCACCGAAUACCAACAUAAGUAAAGAUAUUACACAAAUAACAAACAAACGGAAACAUAUGACAUCAGUUUUUGGCAGGCGUCACUAUAGGCAGAACUUUGUGCCAUCAGAAACUGAACUUCUGUCCAUAGGAUCACUUUUUGGCACAACACCGGGUUAGUGCGUUUUAUUUGUUGUACUGUCUCUUUAAGAGACCCGGAAAUGAUUUCCUAUGUGUGGUAACUGGUCGUGGGUUCCAGACAGCUUAACCUCCCCCCGGUAAUGACAUCCCAUCCCGUGAUUUUGGCUUUCCGGAGCAGUGUAAGGUGCUGGCGACACCGGGCUCUUCUCAGAGUGGCUCUGGAGGCCUCAGACGUCCGCUGCAGGCGCCGGUACUCUACACAUAUUCGCGGCGGUGUCUCCGGUAUGGAGGAGAUACUAUCGAGGGUCGUUGCACCUUUACCUUCCUACGAAACGAGGGACAAAUCCCCGCCCCCACCCGAAACUAACAGCCUGGAGUUCAUGUACUUCUACAAAAGUCUCGAUAAGGAAGAUAAACUUUGUUUCCUAACGAAGCUAUCACAAGACUUCGGGGUGGACCACAAAAGUGUUUCGGAGCUCGCACUGAAGCUACUGGACACUCAAUUACGGGACUUGGCGACCAUUUUGCUAGCUGAAGACAGACUCCGGUACACCUUGACUCCCCGUUAUAAACAGCUGUUCAGUCAUAUAAGCAGAGUCGAGGGGGGAGUGAAGUUUCUUGUGGAUCUGCGAGCGGAUGUGCUCGAAAUAAUCUCGUCCAAAGCUAGCGACAGCCCGCACAUCAGGGACCUGAAUGGUGCGCUGAAGAGCUUGCUGUCUGAGUGGUUCUCUGUAGGUCUGCUGCGACUCGAGAGAAUCACCUGGCAGUCCCCCUGCGAGAUCCUGCAGAAGAUCAGCCAGUAUGAGGCAGUGCACCCUGUAAGAAACUGGACCGACCUGAAGCGCAGAGUGGGACCGUACCGACGCUGCUAUGCCUUCACCCAUGCUGCCAUGCCGGGAGAGCCCUUGGUUGUACUCCACGUGGCUCUGACUGAAGACAUCUCUGAUAACAUACAGAGUAUUGUUCGUGAGUUUGCCACCCUGGACUCAGACGAAGACGUGAAUAAGAUCAAUUCAGCUAUCUUCUACUCGAUCUCUUCAACACAAGCUGGCCUGCAAGGGGUGGAACUGGGCAAUGUCCUCAUCAAGAGGGUGGUGCGUGAAUUGCAGAGCGAGUUCCCUGUCAUGGCCCAGUUCUCCAGCCUGUCACCCAUUCCAGGCUUCUCCGCUUGGCUUCAAGGCCUGCUCAGCCAGUGCAGGAAGGAGGGCCGUGCAUUUGAUCUGCUCUCUGAGGAAGAGUGGAAGGAGAUACAACAUGCCACCGAUUCGACCCCGGGGACCCCGACCGUGGAUUCCCUUCGCAAGCUCCUCAGCUCUAACGAGUGGAUGCGUUCAGAGAGACUGUGCGGAGUCCUGGAGCCUGUUCUGAUGCGUCUGUGCGCCUGGUACCUGUACGGGGAGAAGCGGCGCGGCUAUGCUCUCAAUCCAGUGGCUAACUUCCACCUGCAAAAUGGCGCUACAAUGUGGCGGCUCAACUGGCGUGCCGACACCAGCCCCAGGGGUGUGGCCAACUCCUGCGGCAUCAUGGUGAACUAUCGUUACUUCCUGAACGAGACGUCUAAAAACAGCGCGUGUUACCUUCAGAAUAAGGUCAUCGCAGCGUCAGAUCAGGUGCUCGGCUUCGUGUCCCAGUUUCAGAAGGCCAGCAAACUGUGAUUAAGCGAUGGGGACACGCCCACCCGUUCUGUUGUUCUGCUGUUUCGAUCGAUUAUAUAUUUGUGAGAAUUUCAUUUAAAUCCGUCCUCGAUACUUGGCGUGUUUAAUAAAUGUUCAAAGACCAGCAGCUCCAGAAGAACCGCUGAGUGGAUGUUAGUCGAUAUUAUGUUUUGAAUUGAAAUGAGAGCAUUUCUCACGUGACGUAACUCUCGCCAUCUGCUGUUUGCCUCAUUAGAUUUCUGGCCAAAGCUGUUUGAUAUUGUGUAAGUGAUUCCCAGGACAGACUGCAGCUAAUGAAGCACGAGGCAUCCAUCACUGCUGUAACAUGUUCUUGGAUAAGACUCUGUGUAAAGUGCGAGCAACGAGGGAGCGCAGCUACUGGAAUAAAUGAUGUUUGGAUUCUUUCAUUUGGCUGAACUGUCGUGUUGCAAAUAUGUCAAAGGAUGUGAUAGAAAUAGAUUUUGUCUCUUAUUCUUCCCGCGCUUGGGUUUAUCUACACCUGCUGCUUAUUCCCACUAAAGCUCAACACACAACGACAUGAAAUCACAGACUGGAAAUAUUAUUUCAUAUUAAAUAACACUAAAAAAA